AUGGGUGAAGGUGAGGAAAAUGCCCCGUGUUUUCUUGUUCUGGAGGACGGGACUGUGUUUCCUGGUGAAUCUUUUGGGGCAAAACGACAGAUAGACGGAGAAGUUGUGUUUCAAACUGGAAUGGUAGGAUAUCCCGAAUCUCUGACAGAUCCGAGUUAUCAUUCUCAAAUUCUCGUGCUCACGUAUCCUAUUGUUGGAAACUAUGGUAUUCCUGCCAAAAAAUGCGAUGAAAAUGGCAUUCCGUAUUUCUUUGAGUCCCACCGAAUUUGGCCCUCUGGAUUGGUGGUGGGGGAACACUGUGACAAGCCCAGUCAUUGGCGCAACACGCGAACCCUCUCCUCCUGGAUGCAACAAGAAAAUAUUCCUGGCAUCCAGGGUGUCGAUACUAGAGAGUUAACUAAGAAAAUCAGAGAGAAAGGAACCAUGCUAGGCCGUAUAGUCCACUCUUUACCAGUAGACACUAAAAACGUAAAUAUUAUCGAUCCCAAUACUCGGAAUUUGGUGGCAGAAGUCUCCAUUAAGGAACCAGUAACAUACAAUCCCUUGGGAUCUCCGAGAAUUUGCGCCGUUGACUGCGGUUUGAAGUACAACCAAAUCCGUUGUCUGAUCAACAGAGGUGCUAGAGUAGAUCUUGUACCCUGGAAUCAUCCUUUAAACAUCAACGAAUUUGACGGUCUCUUUCUGAGUAACGGCCCAGGAAACCCAGAGAUGUGCAAAGCCACUAUAAAAAACAUCCAAUCAGUUUUGAACGAUCCCCAAAUAAAACCAGUUUUUGGUAUUUGUUUAGGUCAUCAACUGCUUUCUAUGGCCAUAGGCUGCACUAGCUACAAAAUGAAAUACGGCAAUCGUGGUCACAAUCAGCCAUGUAUCCACCAUGGUACGGCAAGGUGUUAUAUGACUUCGCAAAAUCAUGGUUUCGCAAUUGAUACUAAAACAUUACCAGAAGGGUGGGAGGAAUUAUUCACUAACGCUAAUGACAAAACAAAUGAAGGUAUCGUUCACUCUACUUUACCUUAUUUCAGUGUCCAGUUUCAUCCGGAACAUAUGGCUGGACCUCAGGACCUGGAGAUUUUGUUUGAUGUUUUCUUAAACACCGUUAAAACUCACAAGAUCGAUCAGUGUCAUGUAAAAACCCUACUUACGGAAAAACUAAAGUAUGACUUCGACAGUCGGUUGUUACCUGAACGACCCAAGAAGGUUUUAAUAAUAGGUUCUGGCGGUCUCUCCAUCGGCCAAGCAGGCGAGUUUGAUUAUUCUGGUUCGCAAGCCAUAAAGGCACUUAAAGAAGAAAACAUUCAGACUGUGCUGAUCAACCCUAACAUCGCCACCGUACAAACAUCCAAAGGUCUUGCUGAUAAAGUGUACUUCCUCCCCCUAGUUCCAGAAUAUGUAGAGCAAGUUAUUCGUUCCGAGAGACCAGGAGGAGUUUUGUUGACAUUCGGUGGACAGACGGGCCUUAACUGUGGAGUAGAGUUAGAAAAAUUGGGCAUUUUCAACAAAUACCGUUGUAAAAUUUUGGGCACUCCCAUCCAAGCCAUUAUCGAUACAGAAGACAGGAAAGCCUUCAGUGAAAGGAUUGCGGAAAUCGGUGAAAAGGUCGCUCCAAGCAUGGCUGCACAUUCCGUGGAAGAAGCUUUGGACGCAGCAGAACAACUUGGCUAUCCCGUGAUGGCUAGAGCUGCUUUUUCCUUGGGAGGUCUGGGAUCAGGUUUUGCUAACAACAAAGAAGAGUUAAGAGCCCUUGCGUUACAAGCAUUGGCCCAUUCCAGCCAAUUGAUAAUAGAUAAGUCUCUUAAAGGAUGGAAGGAAGUGGAAUAUGAAGUAGUUCGUGACGCCUUUGACAAUUGCAUAACCGUGUGCAAUAUGGAGAAUGUUGAUCCUCUAGGGAUCCACACUGGAGAAUCUAUCGUCAUAGCACCUAGUCAGACACUAUCAAACAAAGAAUAUAACAUGUUGAGAACCACUGCUAUAAACGUCAUAAGACAUUUCGGAGUGGUCGGAGAAUGCAACAUUCAAUAUGCAUUAAAUCCUAAUUCAGAAGAGUACUACAUAAUAGAAGUAAACGCUAGAUUAUCAAGAAGCUCCGCACUCGCCAGCAAAGCUACUGGAUACCCUUUGGCUUAUGUAGCAGCUAAACUAGCGCUGGGGGUACCCCUACCUAAAAUUAACAACUCGGUAACAGGAGUUACAACUGCUUGUUUCGAACCAAGCUUGGAUUACUGCGUCGUGAAGAUACCCAGAUGGGAUCUGCACAAGUUCUCUAGAGUUAGCACCAAAAUCGGCAGCUCUAUGAAAAGUGUUGGUGAAGUUAUGGCUAUUGGCCGAAAGUUCGAGGAAGCCUUCCAAAAGGCUUUGCGAAUGGUUGACGAGAACGUCACUGGAUUUGACCCUUACCUAAAACCAGUUAACGAUGAAGAACUGAAGGAACCUACGGAUAAAAGGAUGUUUGUUUUAGCAGCAGCUUUAAAAAGUGGUUACACCGUCGAUAAAUUAUACGAAUUUACAAAAAUUGAUCGUUGGUUUUUACAAAAGAUGAAGCACAUUAUAGACUAUUUCACGUUGAUGGAAACUAUGGAUCAGAACAGUUUGACGCAUGGCACCUUACUCAAAGCAAAACAAAUGGGUUUUUCCGACAAGCAGAUCGCCGCUGCCGUGAAAAGUACUGAGUUGGCCAUAAGAAUGCAACGAGAAGAACUUGGUAUAACACCAUUUGUGAAACAAAUAGACACUGUGGCAGCCGAAUGGCCCGCCACUACUAACUACCUUUAUAUCACAUAUAACGCUACUUCUCACGACUUGGAAUUUGCCGAAGAACACACGAUGGUGAUAGGUUCAGGAGUAUAUCGAAUCGGAAGUUCUGUAGAAUUCGACUGGUGCGCUGUAGGAUGUUUGAGAGAACUUAGACGAUUAAACCAUAAAACCAUAAUGGUCAACUACAACCCAGAAACAGUCAGUACCGACUACGACAUGUCUGACAGGUUAUAUUUCGAAGAAAUCUCAUUUGAAGUGGUCAUGGACAUAUACAACCUCGAAAACCCUCUGGGAAUUAUACUGUCGAUGGGUGGUCAGCUACCCAAUAACAUAGCUAUCGAUUUACAUAGGCAGCAGGCUAAGAUUCUCGGUACUUCCCCUGAUUCCAUAGACGGUGCUGAAAACAGGUUUAAAUUCUCCAGAAUGCUGGAUAGAAUCGGUAUAAUGCAACCGAGGUGGAAGGAGUUGACCAACUUAAAGUUGGCAAUAGAGUUUUGCGAAGAAGUCGGAUAUCCGUGCCUGGUCAGACCAUCCUAUGUGCUCAGCGGGGCAGCUAUGAAUGUGGCACACUCAAAUCAAGACCUGGAAACUUACCUCAACGCCGCUAGCGACGUCAGCAAAGAACAUCCGGUGGUGAUCUCCAAAUUUAUCCUAGAAUCCAAAGAAAUCGACGUAGACGCGGUGGCCUGCGACGGUAUCAUUCUGUGUAUGGCCGUCUCCGAGCACGUUGAAAACGCCGGUGUCCAUUCUGGAGACGCCACUUUAGUAACACCACCUCAAGACAUCAACUCUGAAACCUUGGCAAAGAUUAAACAUAUAGUAAAGUCCAUAGCGGCUUCCUUGGAGGUCACUGGACCUUUUAACAUGCAGUUGAUUGCCAAGGAUAACGUCCUUAAAGUGAUUGAAUGCAAUGUGAGGGUGUCCAGAUCAUUCCCUUUCGUUUCGAAGACCUUGAACCACGACUUCGUUGCUAUGGCAACAAGAGUAAUAGUGGGAGAAGCAGUGGAGCCUGUUGAUGUUUUGCAUGGAUGUGGAAAAGUCGGAGUUAAAGUUCCUCAGUUCUCCUUCUCCCGAUUAACGGGGGCUGAUUUUAUGUUGGGGGUGGAGAUGGCGUCCACCGGAGAAGUGGCAUGCUUUGGAGAGAACAGAUAUGAGGCAUACUUAAAGGCUAUGAUGAGCACUGGUUUUUGCAUCCCAAAGAAUUCCAUUCUGCUGUCGAUUGGCAGUUUUAAGCAUAAAAUGGAACUUCUACCGAGUAUGAGGUCAUUGCAAAAAAUGGGAUACAAGUUGUAUGCAAGUUUGGGAACUGCGGACUUUUACAAUGAGCAAGGAGUUGAUGUGGAAUCUGUGCAAUGGACAUUCGACACCAUCGACGCCAUCACCAGCCAGGGUGAGUUGAAACCCUUAGCUGAAUUUUUGGCCAAGAAACAAUUCGACUUGGUGAUCAAUCUGCCCAUGAGGAAUGGAGGAGCACGGAGGGUAUCAUCCUUUAUGACCCACGGCUAUCGCACCAGGAGAUUGGCCAUUGACUAUUCCAUUCCAUUGGUCACAGAUGUUAAAUGCGCCAAAUUGUUAGUGGAGGCCUUACGUCUUAUUGGGAAAGCUCCAAAAAUGAAGACCCACAUCGAUUGCAUGAGUUCCCGCCAAUUGAAGAAGCUACCGGGUUUUAUAGACACCCACGUCCACGUCAGAGAACCUGGUGCUACCUACAAAGAAGAUUACUCUUCCUGCACAGCCGCAGCGUUGGCGGGAGGUGUCACCCUAAUCUGUGCCAUGCCCAAUACAAGUCCUGCUAUAGUCGACGAAGAAUCCCUAAUUUUAGUGAAAAAGCUGGCGAAGGAAAACGCCAGAUGCGACUAUGCUCUUUUCGUAGGUGCCUCCACUGAAAAUACUUCCACAAUCUCUGAUUUCGCCGCCGAAGCCGCAGGUCUGAAGAUGUAUUUGAACGAAACGUUCACCACGUUGCGAUUGAACGACCUGAGUACCUGGAGCAAACACUUGGCCAACUGGCCUAAAAGAACACCAAUAUGCGUACAUGCAGAAUGUCAAACCACUGCAGCCAUCAUCCUCAUGGCAAGUUUACAGAACAGGCCCAUCCAUAUCUGUCACGUGGCCAGGAAGGAAGAGAUUCUCAUUAUCAAGGCAGCGAAAGAAAAGGGGUUGAAAGUUACCUGCGAGGUCUGUCCUCAUCACUUGUUUUUAUCCACGGAUGACAUUGAUACGCUUGGACCAAAUAAGAGUCAGGUCCGGCCAGUAUUAACUUCUCCGGAAGAUCAGCAAGCUCUCUGGGAGAACCUCCACAUAAUCGAUUGUUUCGCUACGGACCACGCGCCUCACACCUUGGAUGAAAAAUUGAGCGACAAAGCACCACCAGGUUUCCCUGGACUUGAAACAAUCCUUCCUUUGCUUUUAAACGCUGUCAACGAAGGCAAACUUACCAUGGAAGACAUCAUCAACAAAUUCCACAAGAAUCCCAAGAGGAUAUUCAACUUGCCGGAUCAACCAAACACUUACGUCGAAGUAGACAUGGAUGAAGAGUGGACUAUACCGGAAGCCAUGCCUUACAGCAAAGCCAAAUGGACUCCUUUUGCUGGGAAACAGAUUAAGGGAUCAAUUCAUAGGGUGGUGCUACGUGGGGAAGUAGCUUAUGUGGAGGGAGAAGUUCUGAUGCAACCUGGAUUUGGUCAAAAUGUCAGAGAAUGGGAGAAAAGAAUGCCCAACUUACUUAUGGAGUUCAGUAGACCACCUUCAGCUCUAGCGUUGGAGAGGCCUAUCUCUCCCUCCCCGUUCCUUUUGAAUGGUUUUGUAGACAGGAUCGAGUACGAUAACGACAAACAAACCAACGAGAUCUUCUCAAGGCUUCUAUCCGUGGACAACAAAGUUCAUUUUGCCGAUACCGAGGCACGUUCCAGUCCCGUUUUGCCGACGAUACCCAGGAUUAGAACUGAAAGCUUCUCUACCACAACAGAAAGAAGAGUAAGAACUGAAAGUCAAUCCAACGCUGAAACGAUCACCCAAGCUCAAUCCUCUAUACCACAUCCACACCACGGAUUGGCCCACAAGCACAUCCUCAGCGUUGAUAUGUUCACGAAGGACCAAUUGAACGACAUCUUCAAUCUAGCCCAGACGUUCAGAGUGUACGUGAUCAAGGAUAGACCCUUGGAUCACAUUCUGAGGGGAAAGGUGAUGGCGUCCAUCUUCUACGAAGUGAGCACCAGGACGUGCUGCAGUUUCACGGCAGCGAUGCAGAGAUUGGGGGGGAGAGUCAUCUAUAUGGACGAGACGAGUUCUUCCGUGAAGAAGGGGGAAACACUAGAGGAUUCCGUCGCGGUCAUGGCGGGAUAUGCGGAUGUGGUGGUUUUGAGACAUCCGACUCCAGGAUCAGUUCUGAAAGCUUCACACCACUGCCGAAAACCCCUUAUAAACGCGGGCGACGGCGUCGGCGAGCACCCCAGUCAGGCCCUCUUAGACAUUUUCACCAUCCGCGAAGAAAUAGGAACAGUUAACGGUUUGACGAUCACCCUCGUAGGCGACCUGAAGAAUGGUCGUACGGUUCACUCCCUCGCUCGACUUCUGACGCUCUACAACGUCCAACUUCGAUACGUCAGCCCUCCCAGCCUCAGGAUGCCUAACUACGUCACCCAGUUUGUCCAAUCCAAAGGUAUAUCUCAAGAGGAAUUCAGCAGUUUGGAGGAGGUUUUGCCCGAUACGGAUGUGCUGUACAUGACCAGGAUUCAGAAGGAGAGGUUCGGAACCGAAGAAGAGUAUCAGAAGGUUUGCGGGCAUUUUGUUGUGACGCCCAAACUGAUGACUAGGGCCAAGAGAAAGAUGGUGGUCUUACAUCCUCUGCCGAGGGUAUUCGAAAUCAGUCCAGAAUUCGAUACCGAUCCUAGGGCAGCUUAUUUCAGACAAGCAGAAUGCGGAAUGUACGUCAGAAUGGCGCUUUUAGCGAUGGUGCUUGGAAAAUGUUAA